AUGUAUAUAUAUAUCCUGAGUAAUAUCUUGAGUAACAAUUUCCAGCGCGGAAGUUCUAUAGACCAGCUGAACAUACCCCUGGACUCCGUCUUGUACGAGGCACAUGCCAAACAGGAAAUCUUUCUGGAAAUUCUCUUAAGGGACGAAGAUGAUCAGGUUGUGGCACAAAACUAUUUCUAUCCGGUGCCCAUCAAGCACAUAAUUGGCAUGAAGGAUCCCGAACUGAGGCUCGAAGUUGUGGGCAUCGACUGCAGCACCACGUCCUCUCCCUACGCCAAUAGCUUCAGUCUGCGGAUUACGGUUAAGUAUCCCGCCCUGUUCGUCUACUUGGAGCUGACGGAUCCGGAAUAUGCCAAUCAGAGGCACACUUUCUCCAUGAAUGGCUUCACACAGACCGUGCCGCGGCAGAAUGUCUACUUGGAGUUCGAAAAUGAUUCAACUUGCCUCAAACUCACAUCCGAGCACAUCGGAGUAAAGACCAUGAAUCAGUAUAUGCUUUGAGUUAAUAAAUGACAAAAUACAUAUUUAA